AGGAUCCAAACGCCCCUCCAUCCACCACCACUGCGUGCUCUUGGGCAGGAGGUAAACUUAUUCUUAAAAGAGAAGCAAUGGCUGGGUUAUCAUUGGACCACCCUUGGGCCUUCACCUUUGGAAUCCUAGGUAACAUCAUCUCAUUCAUGGUGUAUGUAGCCCCACUGCCAACGUUUUAUAGAGUUUACAUAAAGAAAUCGACUGAAGGGUUUCAGUCCGUGCCGUAUGUGGUUGCACUAUUCAGUGCCAUGCUAUGGAUAUACUAUGCACUCAUCAAGACUGAUUCUUACCUUCUAGUUACAAUUAACUCGAUCGGAUGCAUCAUCGAGACCAUGUACAUCAUCAUGUAUCUCAGUUAUGCCCCGAAGAAAGCUAGGAUUUUUACUGCCCAAAUUCUUCUACUUUUGAACGUGGGGCUAUUCGGAUUGAUAGUUCUUCUCACUCUCCUACUAGCGAAGGGUCCCCGCGAACAAGUUCGUGUUCUUGGAUGGGUCUGUGUGAGUUUCUCUAUCAGCGUCUUCGUAGCUCCUUUAAGCAUCAUUAGGCUAGUUAUACGAACGAAGAGUGUGGAAUUCAUGCCCUUCUGGCUAUCGUUCUUCCUCACACUGAGUGCCAUCGCUUGGUUUUCAUAUGGCCUGCUCACAAAGGACAUAUAUGUGGCGCUACCAAACAUAUUGGGUUUUAUCUUUGGAGUCGUCCAAAUGGGAAUCUACAUAGCCUACAAGGGUGCUAAGAAGGCUGCAUAUGAUCAGAAUAAGGUGGCUGAACACAUCAUAACAAUGGCAAAGCUAGGCACGGGCGAGAGGAGCUCAGAGGUCCAUCCCAUCGAUGUGAUCAGCUCACCAGGUGUCCAUGGUGAAGAGGAUGCGGACAGGGAGGACCAAGAGCGGCAUGAACCAACCCACGACGGUGACAUGGAAGGCAUGGAAGCUCAAAAGGAGAUUGAGACGAACCAGCUUGAGGUUUGAUAGCCAACCCUCAUGGGACAGAACACUUGGGUGCACACGCUUCCCCUUUGAAGUUCUAUUCAGCCCAUUUCUUAGCUUAUGACAUCCUUCCCAACGCUACAUGAAUGUUAUACAGAGAGCGAGCGAGCGAGCGAGAGAGAGAGAGAGAGAGAGAGAGAGAGAGAGAGAGAGAGAGAGAGAGUUAUAAUCUUUUAUAUUAGUUGUCUACGUUGAUUGUAAUGUGGUUUUCUUUGUUAACAAAGCUUAUGUAAGGGAGGAUGGAAGGCUUUAUCCAGAA